AACCGCCCGCCGCGGGGCUAGGAGCGCCGGCAGCGCCCGGGGAGGGAGAGUGGCGUCGCGGUGCGUCGCGGUGCUUGGUAACGAGGGCGGCGGCGGCGGGAGUAACGCCUUCCUGAAGGUUUUAGCAGCAAAACACCUCGAGCGGGCACCUCCAGGAGCACAGCAUUGCAGCGGGAGUAGCUGCUGAGUUACACAUUGGGCACCCAGUCCAGUACGGUGUGUUUGGCGCUUCGGCAAUCGAGGGAGGGAAGUACGGCUUUCACAGCAAACAAAGGGAGAAAUAAAAAGCUGUGUAAGAAUUCUUGAGUGCUUUUCACGGAGCAGUUGCAGCUGGAUGUUGUCUUCGGUCAGGUCGAUGCCAGUGCAGCAGUUUGGGGGAGGAAGAAGUAAGAGAUCUAAUUGAAGACUGAAUGAAAUUAGGAUAAAGUCCUAGGCUAGGACCAGGAAAUAGUGAUAAGACUCGGCGUGAACAAAGUGAAAGCAUCAGGAGUUUUGGAAGGGAGCUGUGUAGAAAGUUCUUCAGAUAACCAAGAUGCACUUCCAGUGGGACUGGCUGUGCUUGGGUGUCCUGCUAAUUAGCUCAGUGACUGCAGAAACUGAAAAUGAAGAAAAUCUGGAUGCAGAUGUUGAAGUGGAGGAUUUUGACAUGCAGUCCCAAGAAACUGAGAUUGACAGAGAUAAACCUUCCAUAGAGGUUGUGUACCAGACUCCAACGCCAACUGGGGAAGUGUAUUUUACAGAAACCUUUGAUGGAGGAUUGUCUGGGUGGGUGUUGUCUAAAACUAAGAAAGAAGACAUAGAUGAUAACAUUGCUAAAUAUGAUGGAAGAUGGGAAGUAGAAGAGCUGAAAGAAAACACAGUGCCUGGAGACAGAGGAUUAGUGUUAAAAUCAGUGGCAAAGCAUCAUGCAAUAUCAGCAAUGCUAACAAAACCAUUUAUUUUUGAUGAUAAACCUUUGAUUGUUCAGUAUGAAGUGAAUUUUCAAAAAGGCAUUGACUGUGGUGGUGCAUAUAUUAAACUUCUCUCCAGUAGUGAUGACUUGAAUCUGGAAUACUUUUUUGACAGAACACCUUACACUAUUAUGUUUGGACCAGAUAAAUGUGGAGAAGAUUACAAACUACACUUUAUCUUCAGACAUAAGAAUCCUAAAACUGGAGAAUAUGAUGAAAAGCAUGCUGAACGUCCUGAUGUAGACCUAAAAAAGUUCUAUUUGGACAAGAAGACACAUCUAUAUACUCUUGUGCUAAAACCAGAUGAUACAUUUGAAAUGUUAAUCGACCAAACAGUUGUCAGUAAAGGAAGUCUUCUUGAGAAUAUGGUUCCUCCAGUAAACCCUUCCAAAGAAAUAGAGGAUCCUAGUGAUAAGAAGCCUGAUGAUUGGGAUGAGAGACCAAAAAUACCUGAUCCAAAUGCUGUCAAACCAGAUGACUGGGAUGAAGACGAACCUUCCAAAAUAGAAGAUCCUGAUGCUGUUAAGCCUGAGGGAUGGCUUGAUGAUGAACCAGAAUAUGUUCCAGACCCUAAUGCAAAAAAACCAAAGGACUGGGAUGAAGAAAUGGAUGGGGAGUGGGAAGCCCCCCAGAUCCCUAAUCCAAAGUGUGAGACUGCACCUGGUUGUGGGCAGUGGGUGCGUCCCAUGAAGAACAACCCAAGGUAUAAAGGAAAAUGGAGAGCACCUAUGAUAGAUAAUCCUAACUAUCAGGGAAUCUGGAGCCCUCGGAAAAUACCAAACCCAGACUAUUUUGAAGAUCUUCACCCAUUCAAGAUGACCACUGUCAGUGCUAUUGGUUUAGAACUGUGGUCUAUGACAUCUGAUAUUUACUUUGAUAACUUCAUCAUCUGUUCAGAAAAAGAAGUAGCAGAUCACUGGGCAGCAGAUGGCUGGGGCUUGAAGAAAUUAGUAGCAAGUGCUAAUGAGCCUGGUAUGUUUAGUCAACUGGUGACUGCUGCAGAAGACCACCCAUGGCUCUGGGUUCUUUACAUCUUGACUUUAGCUCUCCCUGUUGGUCUAGGUGUAUUGUUCUGCUGGCCAGCAAAGAAAACAGAUGAAUAUGACUUCAAAAAAACUGAUGUAUCUAAGCAAAUUAGAAAAGGGGAAUUAAAACAAGAGAGAGAGGAGUUUGAAGAUGAUGAAAUAGAUGAAGAAAAAGAAAAUGAAGAUACAGCUGAAGAUGAGAGAAGAGAAAUGGAGGAGACAAAAAGAGAAUUUUUGAAGGAUACAAAGAAGAUGGGAAGGGAGGCUUCUCUUUCAGAAGAUGAGGGUGAAGGUGGUGAAGAUCUUGAUGAUGAUGAAGAAGAAAAUGAAGUUGCAGAUGAGGAAGAAAAUGAAGUUGCAGAUGCAAGUCAAGAAGAAGGUGGUAUGUCAAAUAAAUCUGAUUCAGAAGAUGAGAAGAAAGAAGCUGAUGAGGGUACAGGAGAUCACCCGCUGAGAUCCGUGCGCAAAAGAAGAGUACGAAAGGACUGAGUUAUUUCCAGCUGGUAUUUGCAGGUCUAGAUAACAGUAGCUUCUGGUGUGCCACUCCAGUGGGCCUGACAGCAUGCAAGUUGCUGAGCUUUAAAGGAAAAAGGGGAACUCACUGCUACUUAACCUCCUGUUUUAAUCCUCUGACCUCUUUAACCAUCCCGAACUUCCUCGAUUCCCUUUUUCUCCUUAAAGGAGAAACACUAUCUGUGAGGAGUUAGCUGGUGUUUCCAACUGAAAAUAAAAGUGAAAUUACAAGUUGGCCAACUGAUUUUUAGGUGAAGAUUCUUAAGAUUUGAAGUUUCUAAGAAAAUUAGUAUUAGUUGGAGAUAAACUUGCUCUAAAUAUUUUUUUUAAAUGAAUAAAUUAUAAUACUUUUGCGGCUCUAGCACAAAAUUAGCUGUUUACAGUUUUCAGCUAAAAGAGGAUGACAGUGUAGAUGUAGCAUCUAUAGCAGUUCUCAUUGCUAUGAGAAAAGGUAUUUUUUUCUGUGCAGAGCUAAAUGCAAUAAUUGUUUUUGUAUGAUGAUUUUGUGCUAGCAACAAUUUUUAUUGUAAAUUAUUUAUUUUAGUUGAUCUUGUUACAUGGGUGGUCACCUGUUCACUUUAGGCAUUGGUUACAGUAACUUAUUUUUAAGAGAUAUUUUAAAAUAGAAUACUCAUAGAACAAGUGGUAAUUGAUGUGACUUGUUUUACUUUUGAAUGCAGAUAGCAGAUCUGCAGAAGUGAUAUACAGAUGAUUUUUUCAAACUUUUAUAGUUCUCAUGUUCCAAGCCAGAGUGGUAUAACCUCUGUUUAUAGAAUAUUUGCUAAGUGUAUAUUGCCACCUAAAAAUAUUUAAUAAUUCUUCCUUAAUAUGAAAUUUACUAAUAUAGAUAAGAAUUUUUGAUGGUUAAGUUUUUUAAAGAUGUGAGUAACUCGGGCAUUCUCAUAAUGUAGUUGAAAUAAACUGCAUAUUGUAAAAGAAACUUUGUUUUGUUAAAGUUCAGCUGUAUAUUAAAAAAAAAAAACAAUAAAAAUUCAGUCACCAGAAA